UACGUUACGCAAUGACGUACGCGUAGCAACCAGCAUGGCGACGAGUAAAGCUUUUUACUGCAGUGUAAUAUAAGCGGAUAGGCUUUUGCGAUAGCAAUUACGGUUUUUCCAAGCAUUUUAAAAGUCAGGAGUAACUAGGCAGUGCAACGAAGUAAAAGUGUGUCAGUUUAUAGCUAUACGCCAUAAUGAUUUACAGUUCAAACUAAAUAAAUACUAAAAUGAUUAGCUCCGUUUACGAUUAUCUUGCUCGCUGGCUAACAUAGAAGAGCAUGGGAUAUAUGAAACUCAUGGACGCAAGGAAAGUGAACGCGUCACCUGUCUCACGAUACAGUCUGGCUGGGCCAUUCAAGGGACAUCUGAGCUUUAAAAGCAGCCCUUACUGCCCCGGAUCUUCAAGCAAGCUUACGAGCCAGUACAUAAUCGAAGAUCAUAUGGUAUCCCAUUACAAAAAGGUGUUCUCAGCCAAAGCUGCUGUGGACUCAACGGUGCCUAAAAGCUUGCUAAGCAGUGUGAAAUACACUGACCAGCAGAGACGAGAGAGGUUAAAGAAGGAUAUUGAUCGGAAUGAGAGACGGUCUCAUUCAGUCCAGUCACUGUCCCAGAAGAGCGUCAGGUCCGAUACCAGACCCUCCUCAACUGAAGUCAUCCAGAGUCAUGCGUCUGUGCACAGAGGCCAGGACAUUUAUCCUUGUCUGGGAAGCCCCGUGACGUCCACCCCAAGGCUCAACUCCUCUUUCCGCACCAAACACAGCGCCUAUCCCUCCCAGAUGGACCAGCUGUGGAGCCCACCGCACCGGUACCGCUCUGCCUCCGAGCUCAGCUACAGGAGCCCCAACGCCCGCAGGCAGCUCUCCGCCCGCUCCUGCUUCACCUCCAGCAGCCACAACGGAUACAAGCAGUCCUUCCAGGAUCCGGUUCAGAAGACCUACAGCGGUGACCUUCUGCAGAAGCACUCUCAUCAUUUCACCGAAGAUAAGCCCUUCACGCCCCGGACGCUGAAAACUGAGAGCAAGUCCUUUCUGUCUCAGUACCGCUUCUACACCCCUCCCCGGGGGAAACAGACAGACCCAAAGCUGACUCAUCAGGACACAUUCCAUGGAAGCACACACUUCAUGGGAGGUUCACCAGAAGAGGAAUGGGACCUACCCCAGGAAAUUAGUAAUGAGCAUGAAUGGUCAGAUGAGGAGUCUCACAGUUUGAACCAUUCUGACGUCGGGCUUCAAGUCAGGGAACAGAAGACCAGAAGGAGGAGCAGUGAUCUCCACUCUUCAUCUUGGGUUUCGCCAGAUGGAAUGAAGUCCCCUGUGAUGAAGAAAGUGACUGCAGAGGAAGAAGAGCUGAUGUACCUUGAAUUUAUCGCAGAUGUGACCAAUGACAUCUUAUCAAGGGGACUGUAUUCUGACAGGGUUUUGGAGCGUGUGUUUGCUCGUCAGAUGGAGAUGAAUAAGCAUCGACUAGAUAAGGACAAAAUGCGCCACCUUCUGGAAGUUCUUCGCAAAGACCUUGCAAGUCCUUCUGAUUCUGUCACAAACUGCACAGAGCUUGGAGAAAAAGGAGGAAGUUACCUACCCCCCAGUUUCCUGUCAAGUCUGGGAAAUGAUUCCAUCUCUGAAACCAAAGAUAGUAGUGUCAUUGCAUGCACUGUGUUUCACAAGGACUGUGGAGAAGUGGUGAAUUCAAUUGACUCAUCUCCCCCUCCUGUAUCAGAGAACUGUGCUUGGAAUAAAGAUUUACCAGGACAUAAAGGAGCAGAAGACUCUGAAGAGUCUAGUCCUUACUCAAACUGUGAACAGACACAUCUGCCCGACUCUGAGAAUAACGAAGAAAGUGUCCCAGACAAUCUUGAACAAUCAAAAGAGGUAGUGGACUUGGAAAGAAAUUUGGCAGAGUCCUUAUGCAUGUCUGAAGAUAUCAAGGACAAGCAUAAAGCUGACCUUACAGAACACUUUCUCAGCGAUGAGGAGUUCUAAUUCCUCUCAUUUUAGGUCAGGCCACCAUUUUGUGAUAUCCUUCAUCUAAUAAAAUGGACAGUAUUUGAAAUGUGCUUUUUUUUUUUUUUUUUACCUCCAAGUCUGAAAUGCCCUUUUUUUUAUUUUUUUUUUUUACCUCCAAGUCUUACCAGAUAUUCCCUGUCAAAACUAAAUGUGUUGAAUAGCAGUAGGUUUGUGUUGUUUCACUCUUACGUGAUGCCAUGUUUUCUUGAUCGGCCUAAUCUUUCAGUGUGAUGCAUUUGGACCAAUCAGAUCACUGCAUGUUUUAUGGAAAGAGUAAGACACGCCCAAACUUCCCUUACUAUGGAACCUGCACUCAACUGAUUUGUGAUCAGAGGAAAAGACACACCGUGUAUUGACAUUAUAAGUUAAUAUAUCUUAGUUAAAUGGCCGUAGCUGUGAGGAUAAAUGGUUGAAUAGCUGUUGUAUAAACUGUUAAAAACUGUGUAGCAAGCAUAGGGUGGUUUAAUUCCUACUUGUCCUCCCAGUUUCCUCAGAUGUGAUCAGAUUUUUAAAUUUAUUUUUCUACCCUCUACCCAUAUAUGAAGUUCCUGUGAAAGUUACAGCUGUUACAACCGAUGUGCAUUCCCAUGAUUUAAAACAAAAAACGAAAAAAAAAAAAACAUUCAAUUUUAAGUUGCAGGUUUAGCUGUUUUCAGUAUUUUUUAAAAUAGAUUUUCUCUAACAUGCCGUUUCUUUAUACUUUAAAUAUCUGAUGUGGAACAUGUCAGGUUAUGUUCUUUUAAUCCAUGUGGCGAACGUUUAAAAGGACUUUGUUUUUCUUGUUUUUUUUUUUUGUUUUUCAAAAUGAUGGAAGACUUGGAGUUGAGUAUUUCAGUUAUGUACCUGUAGGUUUAUGUUUUGCGUUUCACUUUGUGAGCUUUGUGAUACAAGUAGUUUUUGAAGUUUCAAAUUAUUUUGUAAUGACAACAUAUUCCAGGUGAUUCUUGUAGGUAAACAGUAGUGAAUACUGCCUAGAAGGUUUGAGACUAAGUUCUUGCAAUGCUGGCUAUAUAAUGGAGUAGACUGUCACAAAAAUGAAUGUGAGCUAAUGACCAAUGAUCGGAUCAAUUUCAGCCUGGGGACUACCGGUGCUGGAUAUGUCAUUUACUGUUUUGCUAUGGUUUGCUGUAUUUAUACAUAUUAUUUAUAUGUAGGCUAAUUUUUAGCCAUUGUAGUUCUGACUGUUUACACAUAGUACUUGAAAAUGUAAUAUUCUGGAAAGCAUUUAUUAUUUAUUUUAUGACACUGCAAAUACCUAUAGUUUUCCUUCUAUUUCAAUGAAAUAAAUUGUUUAUUCUGUAACCUUA